CAUUAAUAUAAUAUAAAUAGAAAACAACAGUGGUGUCGCUUUUUCACUCAUAGCAAAAAAAGGGAAGAUUUUUCUUUUUGUAUCUUUGGGUCUUCGAAACAGAGGAAGAGAAAUAUGGAAGGAGGAGGAGCUCAGUACAAUCCUCGCACAGUCGAAGAGGUUUUUAGGGAUUUCAAAGGAAGAAGAGCUGGCAUGAUCAAAGCUCUCACCACAGAUGUUGAAGAAUUUGCUCUUAUCCUUGUGGUUGUGAGAUCGAUUAUGUUCUUUCAUUUUGCAGAGAAAGAGAACCUGUGCUUGUAUGGUUUCCCAAGUGAACAAUGGGAAGUCAACUUACCUGCCGAAGAUGUCCCUCCGGAACUACCCGAGCCUGCCUUGGGUAUUAACUUUGCAAGGGAUGGCAUGCAAGAAAAGGACUGGCUAUCUUUAGUUGCCGUCCACAGUGAUGCAUGGCUACUUUCCGUUGCCUUCUAUUUCGGUGCAAGAUUUGGAUUUGAUAAAGCUGAUAGGAAACGGCUUUUCAACAUGAUUAAUGAUCUUCCGACUAUUUUUGAAGUUGUAACCGGUGCUGCCAAGAAACAAACAAAGGAGAAGUCAUCGGUUUCAAAUCAUAGUAGCAACAAAUCGAAAUCCAACUCCAAAAUGUGGGAACCUUAGGCAAAGCAUUCAAAAGCAUCAGAGCCAAAGGACGAGGAGGAAGGGUUGGAAGACGAAGAUGGAGACGAGCAUGGAGAGACCUUGUGUGGGGCAUGUGGCGAGAACUAUGCCUCGAUGCGCCUUAAGCCUUUGAUAACUUUGAUGUGCGAGAGGUGGUUCCAUGGGAAGUGUGUGAAGAUCACGCCAGCUAGAGCCGUGCACAUCAAUCAGUACAAAUGCCCGUCGUGCAGCAACAAGAGAGCUCACCCUUGAUAUCGUAAAAAUGUAUCAUUUCUCCCUCAUGCAGUAUAUCUGUAUAUCUAUUUGUACUUUAAUCAUGGUGUACUCAUCUAGCUCUCGGUUGUAGCUCGUGUCUUUCCAUAUAUUGGACUAGUGUAGCAUGUGAAUGGUGACUUUGGUCUCUAGGAAAAUCGAUGUUUUCAAA